UAACAAAGCGCGUGAGAUGUGCCUGUCUACGGCAGUGCGUGGGAACAGCAGAAGGUAGCAGGAUACCUGCACUGAGCCGUGGCGUCCAGCUCUGUGUCUAAGUGCCUGAGAGAGGCAGCUUGCUCCCGAUUAACCUUGUUUCUGCGUUACGGUGUCGGCCAGCUGUGAUCUGUGGCCCAUGUGUUUGGCUCACACCCUGCAGUUCCAGGUUGAGCUUCUGGGAGGAUGAGCCGGUUUCUGAACGUUCUGCGCAGUUGGCUGGUGAUGGUGUCUGUUAUUGCCAUGGGUAAUACCAUGCAGAGUUUUCGGGAUCACAGCUUCCUCUCUGAGAAGCUCUACACUGGGACCCCAGAGUUUGUGAACGGACUUCAAGCACGGACCUUCGGCAUCUGGACCCUGCUGUCGUCGAUCAUCCGCUGCGCUUGUGCCUUCGACAUCCAGAACAGAACGCUGUAUCACAUCACGCUGUGGACCUUUCUAUUGGCCCUCGGCCACUUCCUGUCGGAGGCCUUCAUUUACAAGACUGCCCCCCUGACGAUCGGUAUCAUGGCGCCUCUCAUUGUCGCAAGUUUCUCCAUCGUGGGCAUGCUGAUUGGCUUCCAGUGUAUCGCCGAGCCCCAGGAAGUGGUCGGGGCGCGACAGAAGAAGCGGAACUGAGCCCGUGGAGUCGCGGGGGGGGUCACGCGGCCCCCGGCCCGGCGAGCAGGGGCUGCCAGGACUCGUUCCAGGAGGCACCUGUGUCAAACUGCUCCAGCCCUACCCCAACUCGCCCUGCGGAGCCCCCCCAUCACGCUACGGGUUCCUGUUUUAUAUGGUCACAAUUGCACUCUACAGAACGCUGUUUUUUUAAAUAUUCUAAUGGAGAUGCAUUAAUGUUUUACACUUAAGUUGGAUGGAUGGUUUAGCUCCCGAAUAGUGAACACACUUGCUCAAUUACAUGCCUUGUACAUGGGAAGUUGGUGUCCACCCCCCCACCCCCCCUUCUGGACUAAUUGCAGAUUUCUAUAGGUUUUAAUGAAGCCCAACUCUUAAGUGUCAGUGUCCAUUUUGGACAUUGGAUUCUGGUCCCAGUACUUGACCCUCUUCGUGCUUCUCAAACUGAGGCAGCCCAGUCAGCCACCAGACCAUAGGAGAAACCGCUGCAUAAGGUGAUCAGUCAUUGGUCAAUUAAUCAGCUGAUUCAUUACCCUUUUCCCUUUCAACAUCAUUUGAUUCAUUAAUUUAAUUGGUCCAGUUGUUACCAAAUCUCUGUCCUUGAAUACAGAUUUGUUCUUCCCCAACAUUAAAAUUAUUCAAUUGAUUGGGAUCGAAUGACCAAGUCAGGUGGAAUAUAUUUGAUAGCUGGGACAGCAGAGGGAGUGUGAGGGGAGUUGAUGGUCAAUCCAAACUGGAGCGGUUACACCGUGACCAUGUGUGUCACAUGACCAGUCAUGCCGGGGUCACCCACGGCACAGACAAGACAUCAAACCAGUUCUGUAAUAAAUGACAGAAGCCGGCGUCAAAAGAGCGUUCCUCAUCAGGCUUUAUGAAAUGUACCGGAGAAAAGUAAACAUGGAAAAUCUUUUUAAGAAUGACAGGAAAGCAGCUUUGUGACUUUAAGUCUUUACUUUGAGGGGAGAAACAUGGUGGAUGACUUCUUUUACUUUCCUGUACAGCUAAGAAUUAUAAUAAAAUUACACCAAACUGA